AUGACACCUCUGGCUGCAGCGUGCGCCGAACGAGACGGCUCUGACGAUGUGGUCCGAGUGCUAUUGGACGCUGGAGCUGACAUCUCGGUGGUCGACCGAUGGGGCUACACACCCUUGCAUGAGCUCGCGGACAAGUCAAGAACGAAAGCCGCCAUGAUGAUCCUGGAGACAGGCAAAGCCGAUCUCUCUCUACGCACGAAAGGCGGGUUCAGUGUGCUCGAGAAUGCCGCUUCCGAGGGCGAUUAUGAGCUCGUGAACUGCCUCCUCCAGCGAGGAGCGACCUGCCAGGCGGUCCCCGGCAGUGACUCAGUCCUGCAUUGGGCAGUCCGCGCAGAAAAAGAUGACAACCUGUAUGCGAUCGUUGAACGAUUGUUAGAGGAAGGAUGUGAUGUCAACGCGAUGAAUGACAACGGUUGCACUCCCCUCCAUUCCUAUUUAUCAGUCAAAGCAGGCAAGGAGAAUGUGGUACGGCUGUUUCUGUCUCGUGGAGCCAAACUUGACAUACAGGACGACGACGGAGAUACCGUUCUGAACUGCCUCGCAGGAUGCCCAGGAGCGUCCGAGACGAUGUUGGAAUUGCUUCUCGAGAACAAAGCGAAUGCGAGUCUUGCUAAUCUUGAAGGCAUGACCCCGCUGCAUAAGUUGGCAAGAAGCGGCCUCGCAGCACAUCUACGCAUACUUCUCAAGGCAGGCGCGGAUCCUUCUGCCAAGGACAAGAACAAUCGGCAACCUAUACAAUAUGCGGCAAGAGUGGCGAAAACCAACGAGGCUACAGUGCGUGCCCUGCUUGAGUAUAAGGCAGAAGUAAACGUGACGGGAUCAGACUGGUCAAGCCCGAUUGUGUACGCGUCCUCUGAGGCAAAUCUGCAAGUUUUGAAACUCCUGCUCGAUGGUGGAGCAGACGCAAAAAGUGAGGAUCCAGAGAAUCCUGGUUGGACCGCUCUCCAUGCUGCAUGCAAGCGAAGUGAUCCAGAUCCGGCAUUUGCAGAGUUACUCAUCGUGCAUGGAGCUGAUGUGAAUGCUGUCACCAAAAUAUCCAAGACAACACCCUUACACAAUGCCGUCAGUAGUGCCGCAGUCGUGCACUUGCUCCUGAGUGAAGGGGCAACAGUCGAUCCUCGGGAUUCGGAUGGCAAGACUCCUUGA